AUGGUCAGAAAACUCUUCUCUCGUCUAGCCAUGAGUACCACCACAGCAGCAAGAAAAGUCACCCAGCCGCAUUGGUACCCUCCCAAAGUACCUGCAGGCGAAAAGCCAGCCUUGAAGCUCUACAACUCCCUCACCAGGAACAAGGAGACCUUUGUGCCUUUGAACCACAACCAGAUAACGUGGUACUGCUGUGGUCCCACCGUGUACAACCACGCCCACAUGGGCCACGCAAGAAACUACGUGUGCAGCGACAUUUGUCGUCGUAUCUUGCAGGACUACUUUGGCUACAACGUGGAGUUUGUCCAGAAUGUGACUGAUAUUGAUGAUAAGAUCAUUGUGGCUGCACGUCACGAGUAUUUGUUUGAGCAGAUGGAGGCUCAGUACAAGGAGGUGGACGAGGUGCUUCUAGAACACGCCAAGACCUACUUGAAGGAGUAUGUGGCGAAGAACCUUGCUGGUUUUGAUGCCGAGUUGCCUGGUUUGGUGGCAUGGCUUGAUUCCUUGAAUCUUCAGGAAUUGGCUGUCGAGCAGCCCAAGCUUCCCAUGUACGCCAAGGCGGCCCGUGAGGCCCACCAGGCGAUUUUCAAGCCGGAAACGGAUGUUAAGCGUUUUUUGGCGGCCGUGAAAGACGUUCUGGUGCCCAGUUUGGACAAAAAAUACGGUUCCACAGUCACAGACCCGGAGAUCUUCAGGAAGUUGCCUGCUUUCUGGGAAAACAAGUUCAACCAGGACAUGGACAGGCUCAAUGUGCUCCAGCCCACCGUCACUACCCGUGUGAGCGAGUAUGUUCCUGACAUUAUAGCAUUUGUGGAGAGGAUCAUCAGCAACGGUUUUGCGUACGCCACAAAGGACGGUUCGGUGUAUUUCGACACGGUGCGUUUUGAAAACGAUCCCAACCACGAUUACGCCAAAUUGCAACCCUGGAACAAGGGUCUGUUGGAGCUUAUCAACGAUGGAGAAGGCUCCUUGUCUCUAGACGGCACUUCCAAGAAACUGCCUGCGGAUUUUGCCUUGUGGAAAGCUUCCAAGCCCGGUGAGCCUGCGUGGGACUCGAAAUGGGGUCCCGGUAGGCCAGGAUGGCACAUUGAGUGUUCUGUGAUGGCUUCGGACAUUUUGGGUGAAGUUAUUGAUAUUCACAGCGGAGGAGUCGACUUGUGUUUCCCCCACCACGACAACGAGCUUGCCCAGUCGGAAGCCUGCUUCAACAACAAGCAGUGGAUCAACUAUUUCAUGCACAAUGGCCAUUUGCACAUCCAGGGCCAGAAGAUGUCCAAAUCGUUGAAAAACUUCAUCACCAUAGAAGAGGCUUUGGAAACCCAUUCUGCCAGACAACUCAGGCUUGUUUUCGCCUUUGGCAACUGGGACAAGCCCAUUGAUUUCAAGGACGCCUUGAUCAGCGAGGUUAGGGCCUACGAGCUGACUUUGCUGAAGUUCUUCACCAACGUCCGUGCGUUGAACUCCGAUUAUAGACACGCCGUCUCGCAGGGCCAGUAUGUUUCCAAGAGACUCGGAGACGUGGAAAAGGCGCUUUUGGCUGAUUUGGCUCAGGCCCAAAAUGACGCUCACGCUGCUUUCUGCGAUAACCUCUCGACGCCCAUUGUGCUCAGAGUUGUUCAGGAAUUGGUCUCCAAAACCAACACCUACAUUCAAUCGACGGUGACGGGCGAAAACGAGUUGCGUCUUGAGCCUGUGCUUGCGAUCACCAAGUGGAUCGUGAAAAUCCUCGAUAUUCUCGGUUUCCCUGCCAGAUCCGACGGUUUGGGCUGGGAAGACGGCGUUGAAAGCGGAUCUGGUGGUUCUUCUGAGGAAAUCGCCAUGCCAUACGUCAAAGCGCUUUCGCAGUUCAGAGACACCGUUCGUGAAUUGGCCAAAAACAAGGCUGAAUCUUCUGCUAUCUUGCAAGCUUCCGACGCCUUACGUGCUGACCUCAUCAACCUCGGCAUUUCCCUCGACGACAGGCCCAACGGUGGAGCUUUGGUGAAGUUCCUCAACGAGCAGGAAAGAGCCGAGUUCCUCAAACAGCAAGAACUCAAGAAGGAGCAGGCGCUCCAAAAGGAGAAGAAAAAGCAGGAGCAGGCUGCCGCCAACGCCAAAAAGGAACAGGAGAGACUCGAAAAGGCCAAGGUGCCUCCACAGGAUCUUUUCAAGGACACCAGUUUGUACUCUGAGUGGGACGAGCAGGGCCUUCCUACGAAAACGGCUGCUGGCGAGGAGGUCACCAAAAGCAUGCGUAAGAAGUUGACGAAGCAACAGCAGCAGCAGGAGAAACUCCACCAGGAGUAUCUCCAGAAGGUUGGAAAUUAG